CCAAGGCCAAACAACAACAAGGCGGUGUGGCAGCCUGUGGGUGACACGCGCCCCCACACACGCCUUCCCCACGCCUCCCGAGUCCCCCAGGGGCUCCACCGUCUCCAGGAGGUGCAGGAGACAACACAACACUCGCCAAGAUGUCCAGCAAGCCGCAGAAAAUGCCCAAAGUGGCCAAGGUCAAGGACAAGUCUCCAGCCGAGCUGCAGAUCACGGCCGAGCAGCUGCUGCGUGAGGCCAAGGAGCGAGAGUUGGAGAUCGUGCCGCCUCCACCCCGCCAGAAGAUCUCUGACCCCGAGGAGCUGCAAGAGUACCGGCUGAAGAAGAGACGUGCCUUUGAGGACAGCAUACGUAAGAACCGCGGCAACAUCUCCAACUGGAUCAAGUAUGCCAAGUGGGAGGAGGAACAGCAGGAGAUACGGCGUGCCCGGUCGGUGUAUGAGCGUGCCCUUGAUGUGGACCACCGCAACAUCACCCUAUGGCUCAAGUAUGCCGAGAUGGAGAUGCGCAGCCGCCAGGUCAACCAUGCUCGCAAUGUGUGGGACCGGGCUGUCACCAUCCUGCCGCGUGCCAACCAGUUCUGGUACAAGUUCACCUACAUGGAGGAGAUGCUCAAGAACAUUGCGGGUGCCAGACAGGUUUUUGCGCGCUGGAUGGAAUGGGAACCAGAUGAGCAGGCGUGGCUCACCUACAUCAAGUUUGAGCUGCGGUACAAGGAGCUGGACAGGGCAAGGCAGAUCUACGAGCGCUUCGUCAUGGUCCACCCUGAGCCCAAGAACUGGAUACGAUAUGCACGCUUUGAGGAGUCCCACGGCUACAUCCAGGGGGCCCGCCGAGUUCUGGAACGUGCAGUGCAGUUCUUUGGGGAUGAGCACUUCGAUGAGGGACUCUACAUCGCCUUCGCCAAGUUUGAGGAGGGGCAGCGGGAACAUGAGCGUGCGAGGGCAGUGUACCGCUACGCCCUGGACCACAUGCCGAGAGAGAAGUGUCUGUUGCUCUAUAAUGAGUACACUCGACACGAGAAGAAGCAUGGCGAUCGGUCCUCCAUAGACGCGGUCAUCACCAGCAAGCGGAGGUUUCAGUACGAGGAGGCUGUGCGUGCCAACCCCCAUGACUACGAUGCCUGGUUUGAUUAUGUUCGUAUGUUGGAGGCAGACGGAGACGCAGAUCUGGUCAGGGAGGUGUAUGAGCGUGCCAUCGCCUGCGUCCCUCCCUUGAAGGAGAAGCGACACUGGCGCCGGUACAUCUACCUGUGGAUCUAUUACGCUGUUUAUGAGGAGCUGAUCACCAAGGACAUGGAGCGUGCCCGCCAGGUGUACCAGAUGUGCCUGCGCCUCAUCCCCCACAAAGUGUUCACCUUCGCUGAGAUAUGGCUCCUCUACAGCAAGUUUGAGAUCAGGCAGAAGGACCUCACAGCUGCCAGGAAAGCUUUGGGCCAAGCCAUCGGCAUGUGCCCCAAACACAAACUCUUCCGUGGCUACAUCGACCUGGAGAUCAAGCUUCGGGAGUUCGACCGCUGCCGGAAGCUGUACGAGAAGUGGGCUGAGUUUGACCCCGAGAACUGCAAGAUGUGGAUUCAGUUUGCCACGCUGGAGGCCAUGCUCAAUGACUCCGAGCGGGCGCGUGGCAUCUACGAGCUUGCCAUCUGUCAGCCACGCCUCGACAUGCCAGAGUACAUGUGGAAGUCCUACAUCGAUUUUGAGGUGGAGCAGGAGGAGUGGGGGCGGGUGCAGACACUGUAUGAACGGUUGCUGGAGCGCACGCACCACGUCAAGGUGUGGAUCAGCUACGCCCGCUGCCAGCACGCCGCACCGCCCCAGGAGGAAGGGCCGGCGAGGGCGCGGGGGGUGUUCCAGCGCGCCAACCGUGCUCUGCGCUCAUGCCAGGAGAAGGAGCAGCGGCUGAUGUUGCUGGAAGCAUGGCGAGACUACGAGGACGAGUUUGGGGAUGACAUCAGCCUGGAGAAGGUGAAGCAGCUGUUGCCCAGGAAGGUGACACGGCGCCGGCAGGUGGCGGCCGACGACGGGUCAAAGAUGCGAUGGGAGGAGUAUGUUGACUUUGUGUUCCCUGAUGAUGAGACUGCCAAGCCUUCCCUCCUCCUGCUGGCCAAAGCAAAGGAGUGGGUGAAGAAGAAGCAGCAGCAGGAGCAGGAGCAGGAGCAGCAGGAGGAGCCGCUGACACCACCACUGGAAGACAACACAGCAGAGUCUCAGCCACACUCUGACCAGACCAACGGGCAGGAGGAGGAGCCUGACCGUGACCUUGACCGGGAUGACAGUGAUGUGGAUGUUGGGUCCAGCAGCGACUCAUCAUCCAGCAGUGACUCGGAGGAGGAGGACAAGAAGAAAACCAAGAGGAAGAGGAGGGCGAAGUCUACCAGCAGCUCUUCUUCUAGCUCUAGUGACGAGGAAGAGGAGAAGAAGAAAACCAGUGAGGAAGGAAAGAGAAAAGAAAGAAAACAGCCAAGAAGCAACACUCCUCCGAGAUCGUCCAGCGAGGAGAGGGAGGCUGAUGCAGAAGACAGAAGAAAAAAGGCCAAGGAUUUCUUCACCUAAUGAGAAAAGGAGUAUUAAGGGGAUGGGGAAAGUAAUAUGUAUACCAGUAUUGGCCAUUAAGAGUGAUGGAUUAAAGUUAAAAAUCAAGAAACAGAGAAAAAAGUAAGAAUUUUUUUUUAGUAAGAUGAAGGACAAUCAAGCCAUCAGAGUAAAAGGUGAAAUAUUGAAUGGUCAUUAACUUGCCCAGCUUCAUGGUUGCUUAGGUGUGUCAUCCUUGUCAUUCUCUCCUAUCUGUCAGGUGUAAAAUCCAUCAUUCAUCCAUCAAACCACCUUGUUAACUUAAUGUUCACAUUAUAUAUUUUUUCUGUAAUAACCUACGAAUUAAGGAGAAAGUUUUGAAAGUUAAUUACUAUUCUAAAUACUUGUCAUGUAAAAGGUGAAGUUCGUAAACAAUUUUUUGAGGCCAAGUUAAUUAGGUUUAAGGGGUUAGCUUUUAUCACUGAUAUUGUCUCCCUUGUAAACAAGCUGUCUAUGUCAUUUUUUGGCUAAAUCAGUUUUUCAUCAUGUGACGCUUAUUUUGGUAUGUAUGUCGUUGUUGUUCAAGGUUUGAGUGUUCUUAGAUUUGCUUUAUUUCUGCCUGUAUCUGAGGGUGAAUGAGGAAGUGAGAUUUUUUUUCCAAUUUCCAAAAAGUAGGAAAAAUGUCUUAGGCAGAUUGUUUAUGAAGGUGACAAUACACAAUUUUUUUCAGUUUAAAUGUCACUGUUGAAAGUGUCGUAACUUUGGGGGUGGACUUCUCCAUGAGAUAGAUUAAUUUACACGAUGCUAUCCGAUACUGUUAUGGAGAGGACAAAGGUAAACUGCUUGCCCCUCCUGCCAGUUGAAUGCAUUGAAAUAUUGGGGGCCAACUUUUACAUGAGAUUAACUUACUUUUCACAUGAUUCUGUGUGGUACUAUUGUGGAGGGGACUAACGUAAGCUGCCCCAUCCUGCCUUGCCAAGGGAUAGCAGGCACCAGGUUAUUAGUUACCACUCAGGUUAUCAGUUAUCAGCAAAUUAUCAGUUAACAACCAAGUUAUGAUACCAGCCAAGGUCUGCUCUUUCCAAUGUGUGUGAAAGGAGGGAGACAGUUUUUCCCAUCUUGGGUUACCUUAAAAUGGUGUAAAUAAAAGGUUUUAUAUAAAGUGUUA